CAUGUUUAAAUGAUAAUAGGUUGACCAAAAGACUCAUAGAAUGGAGACAUAGAGAAGAUAAAAGGCAUCGAGGUAGACCGCCAACAAGAUGGAAGGAUGACUUGAGAAAAACAGUGGAAAAUUGGAUACAGAAGGCACAAGAUAGAAAACAAUGGAAGAAUAGGGAGGAGACCUAUAUCCAACAGUGGAUGCAAGAGGUUGAAGAACGAUGAUGAUGAUGAUGACGUAUUUCACCUAAACGUGUGAGUAACGCAAUAUGGCGCAAUACUUGGAUUCGGAUCACCGUCAAAUGUUGUCUCCACAAUAUCAAACCAGAUCUCUGGAUAUGAGCACCAAACUUCAAGACAAUAAACCAUCCUUCUGCAUAGACGCUUUAUUAUCUAGAUCGGAUGCUUUACUUGCUAGAACAGAUUCCAUAAUAACCAGAACGACAGAUCGAGAUCAGGUCAACUCUCCCGAAACCUCACGAAGUAUAUCCCCAACCUCAACAAGAAGUAGAAGCCCUCCUAUAUCCCCUGGCAGCGAAGAAGUACCGCAAAGCACAUUCGUCCCGAGGCCAGGGUUACUGAGUCACAUCUAUCCCAACGGGGGAGGAUUCUAUGGGUAUCAGUCACAAAACCAGAGCUCCGCAUUCCAUUCGUUAGAUGGAAGUAUGGUUCAAAAAGUUCAUAUGCCUGUUGGACACCACAACCAAAAUCACAUUCAUCAGAUGCAGCUGGAAUGGUUUGCAAGAACUGGCAUGUUUUAUCCGAGGUUACCAGAUUUAACAGGGUGUGGUCCUGGUCACGCAUUACUAGGAAAAACAAGAAGGCCCAGAACAGCAUUUACCUCGCAGCAACUUUUGGAAUUAGAAAAACAGUUUAGGCAAAACAAAUAUCUUUCCAGGCCAAAACGGUUUGAGGUGGCAACUAAUCUAAUGUUAACGGAAACACAGGUAAAAAUAUGGUUCCAAAAUCGCAGAAUGAAAUGGAAACGCAGUAAAAAGGCCCAUCAGGAAGCCAAGUCGUCCAAAGAACCUUCGGAAAGUAAACCUCAACCUGUAAGCUGCUUCAAGUCAUGUUCCUCGAGCUCCGAAACAACAGAAUGUACUACCACAGCGGAAAUGUGCCAACCCUCAAAAAGAACCGAGGAAAACGAAUCUCUGUAUAGGCCAUACGUUGUUUAGAGACAUAAAUUAGUGGACAAAGUGUAAAUAUAUCAGAGUUUCGCUCAAUGUCGAUAGGAGUGUACAUCUAAAACAGCCGGUAUACGGUUUUUCUUUCAACAAAAUACAUUUUCAAACGCAACAAUCACGUACCUAUAUUUUUCCUUGUACAGAUCAAGACGAGCUAAUAAAACCUAUUUAUGAACCCCAAUUUAACAUAAAGAAUAUACAGGGUGUCCAGAAACUCUACGUUAAAGGAGGACAGGAGAUUCCUCAGAUAAUUUUAAGACAAUUUAACCCAAUUCACCUAGUCCGAAAAUGCUUCCUAAGGGAGCUAGAGCUCUUUGAAGAUGGCGUCAUAUAAUUAGUUUUUCUUAAAUACCUCCAGAACGCUUUUAUUUAGAAAAACAAAAAUUAGUGUGCGUAUUUAUUUUCCAGAAAUGAAUCGAUUCCAUCCAUUGGGCAUUUCCAGUACCGGUCAUAGGCGUCCGUUUUGGGUAGGGCAACGGUUAUUUUAUUGCCUAACUUUUUUGUCUUUAAUUUUUAAGCAUGUUUGACUCUGAAUUAUUAAAUUGUGAGGUAUUCUAGUACUAAAAGGUACUCUUAGUUAAAGUCGAUAGGAUACACUGUUUUCUGGAAAAAAUCGGUUUGAAAAUUUUUCGUUCUUUGAGUUUCAAAAAAAAAAGAUUAAAAAAAACUAUUUAGAAAGAUAAAAACUGAUACAUUUAUUUAUAUUCCAUAGAUUAAUCGAUUUCAUUAAUGGCGAAUUUCUAGUACCGGUCAUAGGCGUCCGUUGUGGGUAAAUCAACAGUUAUUUUAUAGCAUAACUUUAUUGUCUUUAAUUUUUAAGUAUUUUUGACACUAGAUUAUUCAAUUAUGAGAUAUUCGAGUAUUAAAAGUUACUCUUGCUUUAAGUUGGUAAAAAACAUCGUUUUUUUUUAUUUUUUUUUUUCAAAUUCCCAAAACUAAAAACAUUCAAAUCGAUUUUUCUAGAAAACGGUGUGACCUACCGACUUAAAGUAAGAGUACCUUUUAGAACUAGAAUACCUCACAAUUUAAUAAUCCCGUAUCAAAAAUACUUAAAAGUUGAAGACAAAAAAGUUAUACGAUAAAAUAUCCGUUGCCCUACCCAAAACGGAUGCCUAUGACCGGUACUAGAAAUUUGCAAUGGAUGGAAUCAAUUCCGUUCUGGAAAGUAAAUACGUAUACCAAUUUUCGUUUUUCCAAAUAGAAGCGUUCUGGAGGUAUUUAAGAAAAACUAAUUACAUGGCGCCAUCUUCAAAGAGCUCUAGCUCCCUUAGGAAGCAUUUUCGGACUAGGUGAAUUGGGUUCAAUUGUAUUAAAAUUAUCUGAGGAAUCUCCUGUCUUCGUUUGUCGGUAGAGUUUCUGGACACCAUGUAUAUUGUUUGUAAGACAUUCUUUUUCAAAAUAAAAAUGGAAGAUUUUAGAUAGGUGUAUUCAAUGAAAGUAAAUUGAAAUGCAUUGAAGAACGCUUUAAAAAUAGAGAAAUUAGAAACUUAUGUCAAUGGGUAAAAAAUGGGAAAAGGGAUACCAAAGAAAACCUCUACAGGACAAAAGCAAAAAUGGAAGGAAUUUAGUAAAAGACGAGGAAACACUGAAGAGAUAAAAAAAUACUUCGAAAAGCUUGUAAAUGAAAUACCUACCCAUAAUAGACUAUGAAAAAGAAGAAUCAAAGGAAAAUACCAAUCAAGAACGAACAGAGGAAAGCGCCUAAUGAAAAAGAAAUAAUAAAGAAACUAAAGAACAAUUGGAGCCCAGGAAAGGAUUAACUGACAGCUGAAAUGUUCAAAUAUACCUAGAGUCUAGAGUACCAGUACCAGUACUAAUUAAGCAUUUGGAAAAAUGGCUGAAAGAAAUAUGGGAAGAAUAGCACAUACCGAAAGAAUGAACCAAAGUCACAAUGUGUCCAAUUCCCAAAAAUGGCGACAAAAGUUUAUGCCAUAAUGACAGAGAAAUAGACCUACUAAAUGUUGCAUAUAAAACACUUGUUAAAAAAAUAACAAAGCUGUUGUAAAAUUCCAAAAUAUUAAUGAUAACUGAAAAAAAACAUAAUAUUUUAAUAUGACUACCCCUACUAAAUGUACUUAAUAUUUACUAAUAAAAAUUCUAAAUCACUUUAAAAUUCAAUCCCAACAUUCAAUUCUAUAAAAUGCUAAAAAUCACUUGAUUGCCCUAUAACAAAUGUUUAUGCUCUUAUUUUAGCACUUAAAAUUGAAAUUGAUAGUUUGAAAAUGUGCCGUAUAUAAUAGAUAAAUCCUUGAAAAACUUUGUAACGAUAAUUUUUAUAGAAUAAAAUAGUACUUUAGCUCAAUUACGAAAUUUUAAUCUCAUUUAAUAAGAUUAAGGGAUUAGUUUAGGUAUGUGAUAAGUUGCGAUUUUACAUCGUUUUUUUUUAUACCAAGAAAUAUAUAUCAGAAAAUACUUUCAAAACAAAAAAAUUAUAUUUUAAUUACAUAUAUCCUUGAAUCAAUUACGAUUUUACAAUAAUUCUAAUAGAUAUGCGGUAAAUAAACGAUACGCAAUAGCAUCGGCCAUUUUUAAUUUUUUUUUAUUUUUAACUGAGCAAUAAAAAUGAACAUCACUUUAAAAAUUAACAUGCUGGCUUGAGAGAAUUUUAUGUAUUCAUAUACUAGCGUAAUGAGUUACUUCUCCAAUGAAACAAUAUUAAUCUUUCUUCCCUUAGGUCUUUUGUUCAUGUUCUCCAUCCAUGUUUCUUGAGUCUUCUACUUUGCAGUCUUUCUAUGAGUUGUUUCGUCUCCCCUCUUCUUUCUUCUGCAUAUUUUUUCUACCUUUCUUCGUUCUUCUUUAAAUUUUUUGCACCUUUCUCGUGUUCUUCUGUGAGUAUACUGCACGUAUAGUUCAUUUUUAUCUUUUGCUUCUUUAAAUUGUUCAUUAAACCAAAGCUAUCUUCUUUGAUGUUUUUUAAUUCCUAUCACUCUUAAAGCAGUUUCUCAUAUUAACUUCUUAAUCAUAUUCUAUUCUUCUUCUUCUAUUGUUUCUUCUAUCUCUUUUCGACGAAUUCCCUAUUCAAUUCUUCUCGCAAUCGCAAAGCAGUUAGCAGGUUCCGAAAUUAAAACUGGAAUGACGAGAUGACUUCAAAAAUUUUGGACUAAUUACGAUGCUGUGCCACCUACAUAUACCUUUUUUUGGACUGAGGUGGAACGCUCUUAUCUAACUAGGGAAGAUGUCCCUAGUACUGUUGGACUCGGACAGGAGAGGAGAACACGCCAGGGCACAGAGACCAGAGUAUGGUCCAUGUGUCCCGCGUGCCCCCCAUAACCAGCCGCCUACCAACUAAAACCACCCCCUCUUCCGACCCGGAAUAUCCCUGAACGUGUUCAGUGGAUGAACGAAACAUGGGGAUAUUCCGCGCAGUCUAAAAAGGAUGUCUGAAGAUAUCUUACGUGUUAAAAAAUCCUAUUAUGCUUGCCUAGAAGCGGCAGGCACAUAGCAGGAAGUCUGUAUCUAAAGUUUGAAUAACUGAACCCAAAGCACCUGCCUAAAAGCGGCAAACGCUUGUGGAAUAGGUCCUGGCUCAAAAGUUUCACCAGAGCAGCGGAGAAACGUAGCUAGACGUGUUAUCGUAUCUAUGGUCCUGGAUCAGGGAUUCCUCUCAAGAGGGAGAAAAAAUUGUCUUUAGAAAGGAGAAUUAAGGUGUUGGAUAUACAUAUACCUAUAAGGUGCUCGAACGAAUGAUUCUUAAUAAGCUAACAGCUGCUAUUGAUCGUCUUCUAAUCACCCAAUAAGCUGGAUUUAGACCUGGUGAAGGUAGCACCUGGCAACUACUUAAACUAACUCAAAACGUAGUACUGAAUAAUGGUUUCGAAGGUCGCAAAAUCCCUGGGGCAGUGUUUAUAGAUCUUACAGUUGCCUAUGACACAGAUGAGCAUAGGAUGCUUAUUGGGAAACUUAGGGCACAAAAUAAUAGACAGCUUCAAGGAAGAACUUUGGUCCCAACUCUAAUAUCGAUAAGAACGACAUACCUUUAUUAUCAGGUACACAGAGCUUUAUAUACGCAGAUGAUUAUGCCAUUACAGUCCAGGCCGACGAUUUCGAAACUACUGAACAAAAAUUAUCCAAAGCUCUCAUAUGCAAAUGCUGUCGUAGAGUUCUGCCAAUUAUGUUCCACAAAUUUUCGAACAGGUUAAGAUCUGGACUAUGCGAUGACCAAUGCAAAGUGCGAAGAUUUACCUGUUCUAAAUAUUUGUAAUCGAACUGCUAUAGUUCGUAAACGUGGUCUCGCCAUUAUCGUGCAUUAGCAAAAAAUUGUUACCGAUAUAAGGAGCCAAUAGCAUGGUAGCUAAGACCUUCGCUUAAUUUAUCACUACACUCAUCGUGGGUCAAAUUCCUUGUAGCGCGUUCCAUUUCCACCAAAUAACAAAAAAAAAACUACGGACUUAAUUGAAACUUUUUCUAUUCUCUCAUACUAUAAUAUAUCAAUUAUGAUGUCACUACCUGUAUCAUAAUGAACUUCAUUAUGAUACAGAUUUUCAUUAAGAUACAGAUUUUUAACCAAUAGAAUCGCGAUAUGGCAUUCGUGAUAAUGGCAUUCGCGAUAAAGGUGGUACACGCGCAGUGACCAAUGGCGAGUCAAAUACAUACGCUUUGACAGUUCUCAAUAUGUAAACAAACCGUCAAACUGGCAAACGUCUGAAUUUAUUUGUGUUACAAAAUUAAUAAAUUUGAAUAUAUUUUUUGUUGUGAAUGAUCAUAGAAAAAAUAGUGUAUACAACUUGCAUUUAAUUAUCAUUAUGAAGCUCGUAUUCUAUACGAAACUCGCCGCAUACGGCUCGUUUCGUAUCCCUCAUAUACUCGCUUUAUAAUGACCAUCAUUAAAUGCUCGUUGCAUAAUAUACUAUUAACCCGGGAGUAGUCGCGCUCACUUCUGUAACGUCGAUAGUCGCGUGUGAGAUUCUAUCUCAAAAUACGAAUUUAAAACACAUUUUCAUUUUGUACUAUUUUUAUCUACUUUUUAUAUUGAAAAUAUAUAUUUCUAACAAUUUUAUUAAAAAACCUGUGUUAACGGCCAUCUGCCAACAUCAGCCACCUGUCCUAACGGCCAGUUUAAAAAUUUCCCAAACCAAUUAUAUGUAGACUACAAAAACUGGCAAUAGCGGCCACCUUUCUAUAUCGGCCAAUAGUUCUUUCAUUUUUAGUGGCCGUUACUGACAGGUUUUACUGUAUUACGAAAAAGGAUGAAAUGUGAGAUUCUAUCUAACGGCGCGACUACUCGCGGGUUAAAGCUAAUUGGCUCUCCCCAAAGCCAUAAAUUCCACAAAAAGAAGAAGAAGAAAAAGAAAUUCCUACUCAUUACUACACCCUUCCUCGAGGCACUUACGAAAUUUUUUCAAAAUUGCAAAACUUUUCAUCAAGUUAUCGUGAAAAAGGAUAAAAAUUGAGAAUUCUAUCUCACCGCGCGACUACUCGCGGGUUAAAUAAUAAAUCUACUAAUUUCCACAACAAACCAGACACUUUUUCACUGUUAACCAUUUGACAUCCAUAUCCAUUAAAUUGUUAAUUUCUCAUAGCCUACUUUAGGCUUGUUUAUUAAACUAAGCAGAAAAUGAGGACUUAUUGAUGAAAAACUUCGCUAGCUGUUAACGUACCUAACUUUUUUAUUAUCCAACAUAAGCAAAUGAAUUAAAAAAGAAACUGUUAAUAAAGCCUAAGGCUACAAUUGAAUUUUAAUUUAAAUAUUUUUUACAUGCUAGAAUAUUCCACAGGGUGUUCCGAACUUUAAGAAAAAAACACAUUAUGAUUGUUACACCCGGUAUAAAAUGACCUUUACCUGUAUAGCAACAAUAAUAUUACAUCGAUUUUCUUAAAUAUUGAGGCUAUAACAUACUAAAAAAAAUCACUCAAAUCAUACACAGGUUUAAGAAAUUCGAGACUUCUAACGUGUACAAUUGAGUCGAUUAUUUUUCUCUUAAGUGUAUUAUUAAUCAAUUAUAAAAAUAGAUUUAUUUACAAAAAAAUAUUCUAUAAUUCGGUAUAUUAUUUUGUCAAAUGAUAGAAAAAUUGUUCCCUUGAUACAAUUUUUGUAAUACACAUAAUAAAUACUAAUUUAGUUGAAAUGUAGCCAUGUUUAUAUAAACAUAGAUAGAGAAUGAUAAAUAUUUCUUGGUAUUGAUAAACUACCACUUUUCGAGAAUUUUGUAGCAUACUGUAUAUUAUGUGUAUAUAGGAUAAUUUAUUUCAUCCCAACCAUAUUUGUUUGGUUGUUAUUGGAUCUCUUUAAGUUGUAAGUACUACCUCAUUAUUUUUUACGUGUUUCUGGUGUAUAUAUUUGAGGUUCCUAUAUAGAGAAGAACUGGAUUAUAUAAGUACUUCAGAUCAAAUAGUUUUAAAAGAUUUUAAAUAUUCAUGAACAACUAAUUUUGACAUUAUUUUUGUUAUCUUAAAAUUCAAACAAAAUAAUAAACAUUGGCUCUCAGGGAAAACCUUGGAAUUAAUGGAAAAAGGAAGAGUUAUGCUACUCUACAACAUACCAUAAAACAGAAAACAACAUUCAAGAACUACCGAAACUAAACAGUAAAAUAAAAUGGAUGUGCCAGAAAAGGAUCAGACAUUUUCUUAUAAAGUAGCAAUAACAUUCUUUAUUCUGAAUAAUUCCUAGUUUAAUAUUUUCUUCUGGAUUUCGUAAUAGUCUUCCCAGUAUCGAAGAUCUUGUUCCUAGGUAUGAUUUCUCUAUGUUUUUCUGUGUAGGUUUUUAGAUCCUAAUACCACCGACCCUUGGAGGACUUAUUAAAAAGUCUUCAGUACUCAAAAAAAUUGUAACUUUGACUUUAUGUAAAAGCCUGACAGAUCUUCUGUUUCUAUUGCGCCUGUCUGGCGCACGUGUAAAGCUUUUACAUGUGCCCAGUGCCCAGACAGAAACCUUUAGCUGCUGCUAUCAACCGGGUUAGAUGAAACUUGGUUUUUUAGAGUUGUUGCUUCUCUGUACCUCCCUUCACUCUCAUCCACAACUCUUCAAUGUUUAUAAGAAUAUGCUGAUUUCCUCUGAUUGAAGGUUUUUGCUCAAUUUUUUCUAUCUUACGCUAGCUCUGAAGAUCAAAUGCACCAGCAGAAUUUUUUUAAUGCACCACAUUUUUUUACGAAAUUUGGUGAAAGUUUUUUAUGUACCAAACAUAUUGUUAUCAUCAUUAUCUUUGCCAUUAUCCCUACGCGUUGUCGGCUUCUCUAAUUUCUAUUUUAUGGAGAUAUCAACAUCAAUACCUUUACCGACAUGUCCUGUCUAAGCGUCUCCCCUCAGGUCUUCUUUGGUCUUCCUCUCCUGCUUCUUCCAGGAACUCACUGUUCAGCAAUUCUUCUUAUUGGGUGAUUAACAUCGAAAACCAUCUUAGCCCAUGCUCCCUCAUUUUGGUAUCAAUACGUGCCACCUAGACUUUCCCUAAUACACUUAUUCCUAAUUUUAUCCCUUUUUAUUAUUCCACUCAUCCAUCUAAGCAUUCUCAUUUCUGCCAUGUGCAUUCGCUGUUCCUCUUCUUUUUUAAUUGCUCAGCAUUCAAUUCCGUAUAUCAUAGCCGGUCUUAGAGCUGUUUUAUAGAAUUUUCCCUUCAGCAUCAUUGGAAUCCACUCAGCCCUAAUGCUGGUGAAUACAUCUCUAUCUAUUUCCCCAUUACUCGGUAAUACCGAUCCUAGGUAUUUAAAACUCUCACUCUUCACAAUCAUUUCACCAUCCAAAAAUAUUCAUUUUAUUUGUAAUAAGUCCAUAUUUUCCCAUUAUUUUGAUUUAAUUUUGGUUGGACUGCUUUUUGAAAAACGUUGGUACCUUUUUUUCAUUUAUAUCUCUACUCUCUGAACAUAAAUAUACAUUAUUAUGGCAAAUUUUCCCAGAAAAUUCAAGAAAACAAAAAACUCAAAUUAAAAAAAAAUUAAUUAUGUAAAAUUUUGAUCUAUUUAUUAAAAUUUAUAAUUUAUUUAAUCAAAAAAAGGUAAUAUGCCGUGUAACAAUGAUAAAAGAAAACAUUUCAAAUUAAUGAAAAGUCUUUCUUACUUUUCUUGAAAUAGUUCUUGCAAUUAUUUCUGACAAAUAUGUAUGUAUUUUUCACAUAACUCGUACAAUUAUAAUCCAGUCCAUCUCUGUUUCUAUCUAAGUAAGAUAAAAUAAUGUAAUUAAUAAAAAGUUUUACCAAUA